AUGAGCAUCGACCGAAGUGCAGAAAUUGUGAGCGCCGACGGAGUACGUGUGAUUACGCUUCGUCUGGCCGCUGGCAGUGGAGGGUCGAUAUCCGAGGAAGCCGUGGCGAGCCAUCCAUUCCAGAAUACAGAAGUCUUAACAACAAUGCCCCGGAUCAACCCCGAGCUCAGAAUCAGCAGCGAGAACAUCAAACACAGGAGGCGAAUAUCCAACAUUCCAGGUUGCUCAUACAUUGGACGACUGCAGUGUAUCAAUCGGUAUCUCGGAGCAGGGAUGUGGAGUGGCUUUGGCAAGUUCCUCUCCGCAGCAGAUUUUACAGAUCGUGAAGAUCUGCUGCAGAGUGCGUUGAAUUAUCACAGCCAAUCAAUACAGCUCUUCGCUCCGACCCUGGAGGACUUGACCCGUUCGGAUUGUAACGCAGCAUUUUCUCUAUCACUCAUCUUGAUCCUGUUCUCGUUCGCUGCCCCCUUAUUGGUUGUCAGAGAUUCUGACUUGGACUCUAUAUAUGAGUUGUACCAGGUCUGCGUAUUCGUCAAAAAGAUGAUGAAUUUCUCGGUGGGUAUCUAUGGGACUGUCAAGAGUGGAAUUCUGGGUCCGCUGGUCCACAUAGAUGACCCCGUCUCUGAGUUGUCUGGCUCUCCUCUUACGGCCAUUGCCUGUCUGAGUGACCUAAAUUUUAGGGCUUACGACAGGAAUCCCAGUCAUGAAUUUCAGGUGUACCAAGAAGCAAUCGAUCGUCUAGUAGACCCUUUUGGGAAAUUAGGCGAUCCCGGAAGUCAUCGGCUAUCAGGGGUCUUUAUGUGGGUCUUCCACGUUCCUGAUCGGUUCUUUGAGCUGGUCCGAAAGAGGGAUGCUGUUGCCCUCAUCAUUCUCGCUCACUUUUGUGUUGUAUUGCACGACUUACGCAAUCAUUGGUGGAUGUCUUCUUGGGGAUACAAAGUGGUCGUGGCCAUCUACCGGACCUUGGAGGUAGAUCUCAGGGAUUCGCUUUCAUGGGCUUUAUUACAGAUCGGGUACACGGGCGAUAUUUGA